CGACAUGGUCAAAGUUAAAAACUUUGAGCAAUGAACGGAUUAGCGUUAAGAAUUAAUCGCGGUGGAGGUGGGAAAUGUAAGAAUUCAAUUGCAUUUUCACCUAUUCAGCUUCCACCCUCGUUAUUUGAAAAUGCAGCUGAAUCUACUGAAGAAAUCCAGGCAUUUAUUAAGUCAACAUGUUCAGACGAUCAAUUAGUAAUAAUAAAAAAUAUAAUAGAUGCGAGCAAGGAGGGAUUUGACAAUGUUGUAUUAAAGUUUUUAGUUGCAACCUUUUUCCAUGCCGAGGCAAAACAUCCAAUAAAAUGUUUUAUAUCAAGGCAUAUCAUUAAAAAUAACAAGUUACAGCAACCAUUCUCCGAGGAGUUGGCUUCUCAAGUGUUGUCUCAGAUAUCGGAGAAUCCAUCGAACUACAAGCAGUAUGUGGAUGUGGUUGGUAAGCUGAUGAUUAGCAUUGAAAACUUUCCUGCUGGCGUUGUGGCUCUGCGGAGUGUGGAAGUUACUCUUGCUGAGUAUUUGAAAUGUUGCUUGCGGUGCUGCACCACUACUCUCAGGGAACAGAACACAUUAUCCCCAACGGAAAAGAAUGAAAUAUUUAAUUUAUGUCAUCUGACAUUGCGAUUACUUCUACAUAUCAUUCAGAGGAGUACAAAUGAUAGUUUAGGUAAAUUGAUCCUAAUGUUCGACGACAUAAGGCUGAAUAUUCAUGACCUGAUGUAUGAUGAUGAUGUUCCCAUGGACACAAAGUCUUUGAGUGGGAUAUUGUACCUGACCAUGCAUGUUACGGAGAAGGGAACUGACAGUUGGAUACAGGUACUAAACUCAAGCAGUGCAAGCAACGAACUGAGCAAGCUGAUGCAACUAGAAGCGGGUCGGCUCAGCCUGUACUCCGCCGUGCCCACCGUGGUUCCGCCUGACCAGCUCCUCACGCGGACGUUGGAGGAUGGAGUCGCUAUCAUUGUACUUACUGACAGGAUACUCGAGAUUGGAGAGAGUUCUUCAGAGUCUGCCUUCAUCCUAGGUGUGACUCGUACGUUGCUGCAAGUCAGCAAGCUACUGUUGCAGCUACCCAACAGCCCUGAAAGUAAAGACAAACUUGACAAUGAGGACCAAUCCAAAACUGGCGACGAAAACGAAAGUGACGACAGAUGCGAUACAGGCGACAGACGCGAUAGUGGCGACAAACGCGACAAUGGAAACAAUAUGGUGGGACUUUCCUUGGUGGAGUCCUUACUUCGGUUCGCAUGGGGGCACUUAGAGCAUUACAUGGACAGCGUGAGGCAUCUCACUGCACAGAUGCUGGGCGUUGUUGUCAAGUACUGCGCUUAUAUGGAUGCAAGAGGCGACAGUGCAGCGCUGGAGAUGCUGUCGGUAGCGCUGAGAUGUUUGUCCCGGGGCCGCAAGAGUUACUACGUGUGCGCCGCCUGCCUCGCCACACACCUGCGCGCGCGCCUCCUGCUGACGCUGCUGCAGCCCGGGGAACUUGUCCAUGCGCUGAGGGACUCUGCGCUCAGGAACUCGGCAAGUGCAGCUGUAGAAGCGAUGCUAGACAAACUGUGUUCGGAGUGCGAUACUGCACAAAUAAGCACAGAGUUGGUGCAGCCGUGCCUGCAGGCCGCGCGGACCAGUACGGACGCGGGGGAGCUCGCCGUGCUCGAGAAGCUACUCGUGCGGGCCUGCACCAAGCGGGAACAGCUACUGCACGAUUUACUGUCGUACAUCAGAUCGGCCAGCUCGUCAGUGUCGGCGCAGGAACUGAAGUGUGUGCUCAUGUUGGUGCGGGUGGCGCGCCGACUCAGGGCUGAGGAGGGUGGCCGGCCCUCCCUCGCGGGGACCGACGCACCACUGUGGAGGGGACUCAUCAGCUACGACCUACUCAAGCGAGCUGCUGUAGACGCCGUUGAUGAGAAUCGCGUCCUGUGUAUGUGCGUGGUGUGUGAGUCCCCGCGCAGUACGGAGCCCCUGCAGGGGGCGGAGCUCCGCGUCGUGCUGCGCGCCCUAAGGUACAACUGCAACGUGCAGGCGCCCAACUUCAGACAGCUGCUACUCUCCAACAUCAACAAGUUCAUAAAACGUCUAGAUGAGAGCUACAAGGUACUAAGGCGACAGAUGCGAAUGGAAGGUGUACCGGAGAUGGUGGCUAGCUACCUGCAGUUCGCGGAGGAUUUGCGGCGCCAGUGUUUCGCCAGUCUUGUCCCGGGUGCGAACUACAGUCGCCGGUUUGUGGCGCUGCAAAUACUGGCCUGGUGCGAGCAGAUCACCUUGGAGGGAUAUCACAAGAGCUGGGAGCCGGAGUAUGUGGAGAAACUCCUGCUACAUUUGGAGGAUAGUUAUGAGAACAAUAAAGGCUUCGCCCUCGAGGUACUGGCCAGCUGUCCACCGGAUCUGCUCAGGAGAAAAGACUACUCUAUUAGUUUAGACUUAGAAGAUAUAAUCCGUCAAGCGUCGUCGUUGAAGCCGACAGACUGCGUGUCGGCUGCCUACAAACUGGAACUGUUGAGGACACGAUUGCCUGAGAGGAUAGUACAGGAUGAGCAAAAUGAGGAGGUAGUGUUACUGGGCUUGGUGCAGCGCUUAGCCCGAGAGUGCGGCGCGCAGUGCCGGGAGUGCUCGCGGAGCAUCCUGCGGGGCGCCGCCGCCGCGCCCAUGUUCGGCGUCUUGCACUGUCUCAGGGCCGUACUACACAAACUCGACCCACUGUCGAUAUCCGGGGAUGAGCGAUGGAGGGCCCUAAUAGCGCAGAUAAUAGACACGUGUAUGGAGGUGAACGCGGCCGUGGCGUGUGUCGUGAACAACUCCUCGCCUGAAGGACAUCUCCCCAUGGACAUGACGAUACAGAUCACGGACCAUGGAAACUCUGGUAACGUGACGCUGGAGGACGGUAGACAGGUGACGGCGCAGAUGGUGCUCCUAUGUGCCUGGCGGUCUGUUAAAGAGGUGUCGCUCCUACUAGGUGAGAUAUCAGGCCGGCUGACCAUCCGGGAGGAGUGCGAGGGCGGCGAGGAGGGCGAGGGCUCCCUGUCGGCGGCACAGCUGCGUGCCAUCGGCGAGCACUUCACGGCGCUACUCAGCGACACCCAGCACCGCGGGGCCUUCGAGCAGGCCUACGUCGGGUUCACCAUGCUACUCGACAGACUAUGGCGGUGUCGUAGCGCGGAAUUGCAUGGGCUGCCUCGCGCCUGGCUGCAGCGCCUCAUGCAGAUCAUCGCGGGGGCAACCACUGCACCCACGCGCAGGAGUGCGGGGAUACCCUUUAUUAUACAGGCUCUAGUGACGACUGAAGUAGCGGUGCAGGACAACGGGCUGUGCUUCCAGUAUGUGAUGUCGGAGCUGGUCCGCAUGGUGGGGGGCGGGGCAGACAGUGAGGCAGGCAGCGCGGGCCGCACGCACGCGCUGCACGUGGUGCGCGCGCUGGUGCGACACGCGGCGCUGGCGCAGCGCGGGGCGCCGCAUCUACAGGCCGCGCUCUGCGCCGCGCUGCGGGCCUUCGACGCGCGAUGCUGGCCCGAGCGCAACUCGUCGACUCUGUUACUUAGCGCACUGGUGCAGCGCGUGUUUGGAGUGCAGCGGACCACGAUGACCGGGAGGAUCUUCUUCCUGCGCUACCCAAAGGUCUACGACUUCAUGCUGGAGAAGCUGCAGGAGGUAUCUAUGGAAGCGGACAGCGCAGUGCUGCGUCCCUCCCUGUACCCCAUACUGCUACUGCUGGCUCGCCUCUACCCCUCCUCGCUCGAGGGCACCGUCUCCAAUCUCAAGCUGUCGGCGUUCAUCCCGCGAGUAUGCGCGUGCGCAGGCAGCGCCGUGCUGAAGACGCGCCACCUGGCCGCGCGGGCACUCGUGCCUCUCGUGUCUCCCGCGCUGUACAUCCCGCACAUAGAGUCGACUCUAGAGCUGGUGCAGCAGGAGCACACGAAGAUGAACUACGUGCACGGCCUACUGCUGCAGCUCGUGCAGCUGCUGCAGGCGGGGGGCGGCGCCCUGCAGCCGGGGGGCGGGGCCCCGCAGCCGGGGGGCGGGGCCCAGCAGGCCGGGGCCGGUCUCCUGCGGGGCUGGGAGUGGGCCCCGCGUCUGCGGCCCGUACUGUGGCGCCUGCGGGCCCCCUGCUACCUCGUGGCCGACGAGCUCGUCAAAAUUAUCAACUUACUCGUCAUGAGGUAA